UGUUUCAUCCUGAAGGUGUAAAAAAUGUUACAGCUCUUUGUUUUAAAAAAAAAACAAAAAUGGAAUCAAAUUGGACACCUAACAAACAUGAUGAAAAAUCUUGGUUCAUUUAUUUUGAAGUUUCCCUUCCCUCUUCUUAGGGUGCCAAAGCUUUUGGAGAUGGUGUGACACAUGAUGAGCUCUCCUACUUCCUCUUUGGCCCAGUGGGUACGACUAUUUGAGGACAGGUGGCUCCGUUGAAGUCUUACGGAAGAUACCUAUCCAUAAAUUGAUUUAUCUUUAGUGAAUAAGGAUGAAAAUGCCAUCUAUUUCUUGGGAAAUUCUCUUGGUCUUCAACCAAAAAUGGUUAAAACAUAUCUGGAAGAAGAACUGGAUAAGUGGGCCAAAAUGGGAGCCUACGGUCAUGAAGUAGGGAAACGUCCUUGGAUUACAGGAGAUGAGAGUAUUACAGGUCUUAUGACUGAUAUUGUAGGAGCCAAUGAGAAAGAAAUAGCUCUAAUGAAUGGUUUGACUGUUAAUUUACAUCUUCUACUGUUAUCAUUUUUCAAGCCUACACCAAAACGGUAUAAAAUUCUUCUAGAAGCCAAAGCCUUCCCUUCAGAUCAUUAUGCUGUUGAGUCACAGCUUCAACUUCAUGGACUUAACGUUGAGAAAAGUAUGCGGAUUAUAAAGCCAAGAGAGGGGGAAGAAACCCUGAGAAUGGAGGAUAUCCUUGAAGUAAUUGAGAAGGAAGGCGACUCGAUUGCAGUGAUCCUUUUCAGUGGGGUGCAUUUUUAUACUGGCCAGCUCUUUAAUAUACCUGCCAUCACAAAAGCUGGACAAGCAAAGGGUUGUUUUGUUGGCUUUGAUCUAGCACAUGCAGUUGGAAAUGUUGAGCUCCACUUACACGACUGGGGAGUUGAUUUUGCCUGCUGGUGUUCCUACAAGUAUUUAAACUCAGGAGCAGGAGGUCUUGCUGGUGCCUUUGUCCAUGAAAAGCAUGUCCAUACUAUAAAACCUGCGUUAGUGGGAUGGUUUGGCCAUGAACUCAACACCAGAUUUAAAAUGGAUAACAAACUCCAGUUAAUCCCUGGUGCCAAUGGAUUCCGUAUUUCAAAUCCUCCCAUUUUGUUGGUCUGUUCCUUACACGCUAGUUUAGAGAUUUUUAAUCAAGCAACUGUGAAAGCAUUGAGGAGAAAAUCUAUUUUGCUAACUGGUUAUCUGGAGUACAUGAUCAAGCAUUACUAUAACAAAGAUAAAGCAGAAAGCAAGAAACCUAUUGUGAACAUAAUUACUCCACCGCAUAUAGAAGAACGGGGCUGCCAGCUAACACUAACAUUUUCUGCUCCAGUGAAAUAUGUUUUUCAAGAACUAGAAAAAAGAGGAGUGGUUUGUGACAAGAGGGAACCAAAUGGCAUUCGAGUGGCUCCAGUUCCUCUCUACAAUUCUUUCCAUGAUGUUUAUAAAUUUGUCAGUCUACUCAUCUCUAUACUUGAUGCUGCGGAAACCAAAAAUUCGUAGUGUUUUUUAGAACAACUUGCGUAAAUCGUACUGAAAUCUGUCAUAGUUAUUGUUAUUACCUGACUUUUAAUUAAUAGAAGUACUUCAAAAUUGGCUGCCCCUAACUGGGGAUGAAUUGCACAGUUUACCGAAAUAUCUAACAUUUUUCUGAGUCUGUGACCCUUAGGGAUCCUUAUGGCUGUUCAGUUUCCCCACCCACACUUGGGUCCUAAUCCACACUUUUCAAGGAUGUUCUUUUAUUUGUUAUCAUAAUCUUUCAUUGUUUUUGUUUGUUUUUAGGGGGCUUUCUUUAAUGCAAGAGUUUAAAUAUUUCUCUGUUUCCAAAGCAGUGAAAUAAAUCACCCCAAGGUACUUGUGAUUAAGGAUUUAAAGAUUUAGGAAAAAGAGCCUCAUCUCUCUGAUUUCUUCAUUCUGAAUCUGUGGACCUUUCUGAUCCACUAUGACAACUAAAGUUAAACUAGCUCUGUUGGACUUCCCAGCUUUCAGUUGUUGAUGCCACAACCUGUAUUAUUGAAUUGGCAAAGUAGUCUAUGUUUGUAUACAUGAGCAGCAAGAAAAAGUGAAUGCGACAUAAUUAUGGCUCCUGAUUAAACAGAUUUGAACAAAACAAACUGACUUAGACAACUAGAUUUGAUGGUAGAGAUGAAUAAAAAGAUAAGGAACUCCAACACCAACCCCUACCAACACUAGCAACUACUGACAUUUAUCAAAUUCUUACCAUGUACUCUGAUGAUGCAGUGGUUAAGAGCUCAGCUGCUAACCAAAAAGUAGGCAGUUUGAAUGCGCUAGUUGCUCCUUGGAAACCCUAUAGGGCAGCUGUACUCUGCCUUAUAGGGUCGCUGUGAGUUGAAAUCGACUCGACAGCAAUGGGUUUGGUUUUUUGGUACCAGGUACAAGGUACUGUGCUAAACUCUUUACAUGUUAUUUUGUUUAAUUGAGUGAUCAUACAGUGGCUUUAGGGUAGCUUCCCACUCCAUCUUUUGGUGACACUCAUUUUCACAAAUGGAAGCAUGCUCAAAACCCUAAACUAGGACCAUUCUUGACUUCAGAUACAAUGAAUCAUUUUUAAACAAAUGAUGCUGAACACAACAGACAUGGCUUCAGCUCUCCUAGAACACGUAGCUUAGUGGAAGAACAAAUAUUCAACAAGUAAACACUCAAGUAAAUAAUUAUAAAUUCUGUGAAAGACAAAUAGAUGAUACAAUGAGAAAAAGAUCUGAAGCAUAUGAAUUUUAUGGUUAAGUAAGAGAAAAUGUAUAGGUUUAUUUUCUAAAAUAUUUCAUACUAAUCACAUUAAAAUUGUAUGAAAUUAUAGGUACUGAUCAUUCAAAGAAGAAUCAGCACCUAUGUACUUACCAGUUAGUUUAAGAAAUAGAGCAUUUAGAAACUACCUUCAUGACAUUCUCAGACAACACCCUCAAAUCCCUCCUCAAAUCCAGGGAUAACCACUGAACUAUAUUUUGUGUUAAUCAUUUCCUUACUUUCUUUAAAGUUUUACAGUUACACACUUAUCAAUAAAAAUAUAUAAUUUUGUCUGUGUAUGAAUGGAAUUAUCAUACUAUACAUAUAUUCCUCAGCUUCUUUUGCUCAACAUCAUUUUUUUUGUGUGAUUCAUCCACUUGUUGUAUGCAGCUGUUCAUUCCUUUCAUUGCUGCACAGCAUUCUAUUAUAUAAUUGGAGUUAGCAAUUACUCUGCUACUGUAGAACAUUUGGGUUGUGCCAAAUAUUUUACUAUUGCAAUGAUGAUGCUAUGAGUAUUCUGGCACACAUGUGCAAAAGUUUGUCUAGGACAUAUAUAUGUGAAAAUACUGGGUCAUAGGGAACACACAAGUCUAAGUUUACUAUGUAAUCUCAAACUGUUUUCCAAAGUGGUUGUACCAGUUUCCACCUCAACCAGUCAAUGAGAGUUCCCUUACUCCAGAUCCUUGCCAAUAAUACCUAUUGAUUGACUUUUUUUUUUAAUUGUGUAAA